UGCCCGAGCUCUGGCCAUGUCAGGGAGUAUUUAUAAAAUAUAUUUGUAGCUCUACAUGCACACUCUUACAACCAUGUGUACCCCUGUAAUCUCAGAGUCGUCUUUACGGGGCCAGCUCUGCCCCUCUACUACUGCCUGAGAACACUCUCACAGUCCCUCGAAGGUUGCGAGGCGAAGUUCCCAGGUACUACACAAUGGGCCUAGACAACCCUUUCAACUUCCUGCCCUGCGGGGCUGUAAGCCGCUCCGCUGGCCCCUACUCGGGGAGAGCCACUGCGUGGUGCCUAGCUCCUCUACGAGGAGACCUCAAGUACCCACGCCAAUUCCUCGCUAGAGGAACAGGAGCCCCCACGGCUAAUGGCCCACGGAGUGCCAGCGGAGCGGCUUACAUACCCCGUAGGGACUGUACUACGUACUCGGAGGGAGAGCCACUCCCGGUUGCGUGGGGUGCUGCUGCUGCCGCUGCUGCUCUCUCUCUCUGCGCAGCAGUACCGCAUCGGGAAGUCGGCCACACACAGGAGUGACAUGUCCAUACAGGACACGUCAAGGAGGACUUUGACACAAACAGUGUACCUUCACUCCCCUUCCUCUUGGAGUUAGUCUCUAGUUCUUCACAGCUCUCUCCUUCAUGUCCAACUCCACUAAAUAUCAGAAAUUGGAUCAAGAUGACGCAAUUCCAUUAGGUGGCGUCGCUGAUGGGAACACGAGCUUUGCGACGGGGCCGGCACUGUGGACGCCCGUGUUGACGGAGUUCCUAGUUCGAUUGCCGGUCAAUGAUGGCCCAAAACUUCGCAUCCUCCUCGACCCGCUGCAGGGGAUCGAGGCUCUUAAGUCAGUUGUUCGAGACAAAGUCUACCAGGUGAGAUUUAACAUGAAAGGUUACCGGCCCGGUAGUUUCUUUUUGACGUGGGUGAACGAGGUCGGACAAAUUCUAGCAAUUGUCUCAGAUGAAGACAUCAGACAUUGUGUAGAAGUUUCGAAGCAAAGAUCUGCCAAUCCCAUCGAAUUGACCGCCCAAUUUGAAGAGGAGGAAGAGAGUCAUCCAGAACGUGUUUUGUAUGGGCUCGGACUCUUCUUCCUUUUCAUCUUAAUUUCGCUCUAUAUAAGGACUAAGAAUAGAUGUAUAGCCAAUAAUAAUUAACGUACC